AUGUAUGGAAAUUUUGAGGAAGCCAUGGACCACUUGCGCAACAAAAUCAUUGCUACACGUAACCCAGAGGAGAUCAGGGGAGGUGGACUUCUUAAAUACUGUAACUUGCUGGUUCGUGGAUUUAAACCAAAAUCUGAAGUGGACAUGAAAACAAUGCAGCGGUACAUGUGCUCUCGAUACUUCAUAGAUUUCCCAGAUAUAAGAGAACAGUUACGAAAACUAAAGUGCUACCUCCAGGACCACUUUGUGGGCAUGGAAGGCAAGCGCUAUGAUUGCCUGAUGACCCUUCACAAUGUGGUGAAUGAAAGCACAGUAUGUUUAAUGGGACAUGAGAGACGCCAGACAUUGACACUAAUUGCCUCUUUAGCACUUCAGGUACUAUCUGAGCAGAAUGCUGUUCCUGCUAUCCCAAAUUUCACCUGCUAUUACCAG